AUGAGGCACUUUUGGGCGCUCCCGGCGUUCCUGCGCAUUGCGCUUGCCAGCCCGCACUCGUUCAGCGUCUUCGAGGACCUGCUUGCCUUCCCGCAGUAUGAAGUCGUCUUUCCAGACGAGUACAUGACGGAGAACGAAGCCACCGCGCUCCUCUCGCAGUCGGUAUCGCGCAGCACGAGCUCGGCGACGCCCGUGUCGCAGGCGACGCAGGACCUCUCGAAGCCGGGCAAGCCGCCGUCCGACAUACCGCAGCGCGACGACGCACUCGACCUGGCGUACGAGCGCGUGGUGCUCGACGGGCGCCGCUACCUCUGCAGCAUCCCCGUCUUCCCCGAGCAUGUGCCGCAGAACAGCACCGUGUCGCCCGAGGAAGCAAAGGCCGACGAGGAGAAGGAGCUUGUGCGUGCGUCGAGCCGCGGCGGGGAGCUGCUCGACGGCAUGAAGGGCGAUUGCAUAUAUUAUCUGAGUGGCUGGUGGAGCUACAGCUUCUGCUACAAGGACCAUGUCAAGCAGUUCCACCAGCUGCCGCCGGGCCGCGGGGGUGCGCCCAUCUACCCGCCCGUCGAGGACCAUGCUGUCAACAGCUUCAUUCUGGGCAGGUUCUCGGAGAAAGACGCCGACCAGAACAAGGGCGGGGAGAGGAAGACGCUGGGCAGCGAGCAGGAAGCGCGGGGUCUGGACGACGAGGGCGAGGCGAAGCCGGGCAAGGCCGCGCCCGAGAACAAGCCGGAGACGGGCCUCGAUCUCCCGCGCCUGGAAACCAAGGGCUCAAGCCGAUACAUGGUCCAGCGGCUGGCAGGCGGCACCGAAUGCGAUCUCACGGGUAGGGAGCGCAAGAUCGAAGUACAGUUCCACUGCAACCCGCAGCCCAUGGACAAAAUCGCCAUGAUCAAAGAAGUCAGCACGUGCUCCUACCUCAUGAUCAUCUACACGCCCCGCCUCUGCAACGACGUCGCCUUCCAGCCGCCGCAAGAGAACCUCGCCCACCCGAUCACCUGCCACCCCGUGCUCGCGCCCUCCGAAAUCGACGAAUGGGACCUCGCCCGCCUCGAAGACAAAGUGGCGCAGUCGGACCUUCUUGCCGCCCUCGCCUCGAACCCCCUCGGCGGCGCAGACCCCGCAUCCAAGCGCGGCCCCGUCAUCGGCGGCAUCGAGGUCGGCGCGCAGAAGCUCGUCGGCGGCGAGGGCCGCGUCAUCGAGAAGGGCAUCAUCGCCGGCGGCGGCAAGGAGAUUUUCCUGGGUACCCUGGUGACCAGCGACGGCAAGAUGAUGAGCAAGGAGGAGCUGAAGAAGGUGGGCAUGGAGGUGCGUGACGUUGAGAAGCUGCAGCGCAAUAGCAAGAAGAUUGCGGGCAAGAAGGAGUGGCGGCUCGAUUUGAUUGAGACGCCGGCUGGGCAGAAGGAAUAUAGGCUUAUUGAGUUUAUUGAGCCGGAGGAGGGCGAGGAGAAGAAGGGUAAAGGAAAGGGAAGUGGGAAGGAGAAGGAGAAGGCUGGGGAGGAGAGGGGCGAGCCGAAGGGGAUGAGUAGUAGCGAGAAGGAUGCUGCAGGCGAGGAUGGCGGGCCGCACGAGGGCAGCGAGGAGGUGUACAAGGACGAGCUGUAG